CCAGAAUUUAGAGAUGACUGUGUGAUUUUGUUGAUGACUGGGAAUGACAGUGGAUUUGUUUGUCUGAAUUCAUUACCUUCAUUCGUUACAGUUUUGAUCUGCAAUGGGUCAAAACCAGUCCGGCCCAGGUGGCAAUGAUAAAAAGGAUGACAAGGAUAAGAAGAAAAAAUAUGAACCUCCAAUUCCAACUAGAGUCGGCAAAAAGAAGCGCCGCACUAAGGGGCCCGAUACAGCUUUGAAAUUACCUGCUGUAACACCACACACAAGAUGCAGGUUGAAGUUGCUGAAAUUGGAACGUAUAAAAGAUUACCUCUUGAUGGAAGAGGAGUUCAUCCGUAAUCAGGAGCGUUUGAAGCCCCAGGAAGAGAAGAAUGAAGAAGAAAGGUCCAAGGUUGAUGAUCUUAGAGGAACACCAAUGUCCGUAGGCACCUUAGAGGAAAUUAUUGAUGAUAACCAUGCAAUUGUAUCUACUUCGGUAGGCAGUGAACAUUAUGUGAGCAUAUUAUCAUUCGUUGACAAAGAUCAGUUAGAGCCUGGCUGCUCUGUGUUGUUGAAUCACAAAGUACAUGCUGUUGUUGGUGUAUUGGGAGAUGAUACUGAUCCGAUGGUCACAGUCAUGAAACUUGAGAAAGCCCCACAAGAGACUUAUGCAGAUAUUGGAGGACUGGAUACUCAAAUCCAGGAAAUCAAAGAAUCUGUAGAGUUGCCACUUACCCAUCCAGAAUAUUAUGAGGAAAUGGGAAUAAAACCACCAAAAGGAGUAAUUCUCUAUGGACCUCCUGGCACAGGAAAAACUUUACUGGCUAAAGCUGUGGCCAAUCAAACCUCAGCAACAUUCUUAAGGGUUGUUGGUUCUGAACUGAUUCAGAAAUAUUUAGGAGAUGGACCAAAAUUGGUCAGAGAACUUUUCAGAGUUGCUGAAGAACAUGCACCUUCCAUUGUAUUUAUAGACGAAAUUGAUGCUGUAGGAACAAAGAGGUAUGAUUCAAACUCUGGUGGUGAAAGGGAAAUUCAAAGAACCAUGUUGGAACUGUUGAAUCAACUUGAUGGAUUUGAUUCCAGAGGAGAUGUUAAGGUCAUUAUGGCUACCAAUCGUAUUGAAACUUUGGAUCCAGCUUUAAUUCGUCCAGGACGUAUUGACAGGAAAAUUGAAUUUCCGUUACCUGAUGAAAAGACGAAGAAGAGAAUUUUCAACAUACACACUUCAAGAAUGACUUUGGCUGAAGAUGUUAAUCUUCAGGAGCUCAUCAUGGCCAAAGAUGACCUCUCAGGUGCCGAUAUUAAAGCCAUCUGUACCGAAGCCGGUUUAAUGGCCCUCAGAGAAAGAAGAAUGAAAGUAAUGAAUGAGGACUUCAAAAAGUCCAAGGAAAGUGUGUUGUAUAGGAAGAAGGAGGGAACUCCUGAAGGUCUUUAUUUGUAAUCUUUUUGUGUAUUUUUGUUUUGAGAAAAUGUUUCUUAAAUAAAAAAUAAUAAUUAAUUACAUUAA